AAGAUUUCAGCCUUGGUGUGUUCUUUCUAGAGCAUAUUUAAUUGAGAUUUUCAUUUGUUUCAGGUUACAGCAAAAGCAGCUGUUGUAUUUGUAACACUUCAGUAUAAUGUCACCAUUCCUGCCACAGAAACACAGUCUCCUAUGGAAACAAUUACAUUGUAUCACUAUGGUAUCAAAGACCUGGCUACCGUUUUCUUCUACAUGCUGGUGGCAAUAAUCAUACAUGCUAUUAUUCAAGAGUAUGUGCUAGAUAAAAUUAACAGGCGAAUGCACUUUUCCAAGACAAAGCACAGUAAGUUCAAUGAAUCUGGACAACUCAGUGCAUUCUAUCUUUUCUCCUGUGUUUGGGGUACAAGCAUUCUUGUUUCUGAGAAUUACAUAUCUGAUCCAACAUCACUCUGGCGAGACUACCCACAUACAGCAAUGAUGUUUCAAAUGAAGUUUUUUUACAUCUCUCAGCUAGCUUACUGGUUCCAUGCCUUUCCAGAACUCUAUUUCCAGAAGACAAAAAAAGAAGACAUUCCUCGCCAGCUUGUCUACAUUGGGCUUUAUCUUUUUCAUAUCACUGGAGCUUAUCUGUUAAAUUUGACCCAUCUUGGACUUGUUCUUCUGGUUUUACAUUACUUUGUGGAAUUUCUGUUCCACAUCUCCAGACUCUUUUACUUCAGUGAUGAGAAAUAUCAGAAAGGGUUUUCAGUCUGGGCUGUGCUUUUUGUUUUGGGAAGACUCCUGACCUUGAUUCUUUCUGUACUUACUGUUGGAUUUGGCCUUGCUAGAGCAGAGAAUCAAACAUUGGAUUUUAGUACUGGAAACUUCAAUGUGCUACCAAUCAGAAUCAGCGUUUUGGCAUCCAUCUGUUUAACACAAGCCUUUAUGAUGUGGAAGUUCAUUAAUUUCCAACUGAGAAGGUGGAGAGAACAUUCUUCACCUCCCCAACCAGUGAAAAAGAAGUUUGUAACAGCUAAAGGCAAGCCCUCCAGAAAAGAAAGAGGAAUUAAAACCUUGAAAGAAAUGUACCCACAAGGAAAGAGUUUGGAUUGCAAAAGGAAAAAGAGAAGGAAGCAGUUGGAAACAAGUUAUUACAGUAACAAAGAACAUAUGAAGUGAAGGGACAUCCUUGAGCGUUACAGAAGUGUUUUUUCUACUUGCUGAAGGACUGCAAACCAUGUUGAUUUCCACUAAAGAAGCAGCCAGUGCUACAGCAAAGGCAAAACAGCUAUCUAGAGUCUUAGUCAGUACAAAGCAGGUACAGAUAGCAGAACUCUUUGCUAAUAAAGCAGGAGGUUUUCUGAUAUUCCCUAACUGACACAAGUUCUGUAAUACUGAAUUCUUCAUUAUUUAUUCUUCUUAUUUUUUUGGUUGUACUAAAAAAAAUCCCAGUACAAAUCUGUUACUUGAAAAUUUGAUGUCUUAUGCAUUGCAAGGUCUUUAAAAUUCUGAGCAAUUUUAGACCGAAAUGACUGCAAGCUGACUUGGCUAUUAUUGAUCUGGAUGGAUUAGUUCAUUUGCUCUGGCAGCUGUUCAUACAUGCUGCAUACACACAUGUUCUUACAUGCACAUAUUCUUUCCUAGCCUUAUUGUAUGCCUUCAAGACUUAUUUCUGACUCAUGGUGACCCUAUCAUGGAGUUUUCUUAGCCAGGUUUGUUCAGAAGGGUUUGCCGUUGCCUUCCUCUGAGACUGAGAGAAGAUGACUUGUGCAGAAUCACCCAGUGGGAUAUGCAUGGAUGACCAGGAAUUCAAACUGUGGUCUCCCAUUGGUAGUCAGACUCUCAGACCACUACACCAUGUUGAUUGGUACCAGCUUGAAACAUUUUUCCCCUCUGGCAUUCUUACGAAUUUAUAGCUCUUUUAAACACUGCUCUUUCACUUUGCUGUUUAAUUAAUAAAGUGAAUAUAUUCUAUUAAUGUGCAUUUUUGGUGAGGAUUUAGAUUAUAUUAUAAAGAAGACCUUCUAUCCUAAAUAAAAUAUAUGGCUGUAGCAAGUAUAUAUAUAUACACUUAUACAUACUUGGUAACCCAGAUUUUUUUCUUUUUUCUUUUUUUUUAACUAAUUGCCAAAGCAUAGAACAGUUAUUUUUUGGACCACAACUCCUGGAAUCCCUAACUAUCUUGGAGGCCUCUGGGUAUUGUAGUCUAUAAAGUAUCUUCUCCAUUUUUUGCAAGGAUGCUGCUGUAUCCUUAAAUUUGACUUCCUGCUAAAUUAAUUCUAAAGGAAUGUGUGUCAAAAAGGUUGUUAAGUCUUCAUGUGUUCUAGGUUUGGUACCUAAAGGAAAAAUUAAC